GUUUUUGUUGAGUAGGUCAACACAAUGAAACUUUUUGACUCAAACGGAACCACCACCACCGCCAAAUAACAAAAUGGGUGCCUACAAGUACUUGGAAGAGCUUUCUAAGAAGAAGCAAUCUGAUGUGAACUUGUUCUUGUCUCGAGUUCGUGCUUGGGAAUAUCGUCAGAUGAAUGUUAUUCAUCGCGCUAGCCGCCCUUCUCGUCCUGACAAGGCUCGUCGUUUGGGUUACAAGGCCAAGCAAGGUUACGUCGUCUACCGCAUCCGUGUUCGUCGUGGUGGUCGUAAGCGUCCUGUUCCUAAGGGUCAAGUCUACGGUAAGCCCGUCCAUGAAGGUGUUAACCACCUCAAGUACCAACGCUCUCUCCGUUCCACUGCUGAAGAGCGUGUCGGCCGUCGUUGUGCUAACUUGCGUGUUCUUAACUCCUACUGGGUUAACCAAGACGCUACCUAUAAGUUCUACGAAGUUAUCUGCGUCGAUCCCUCUCACAAGGCUGUUCGCCGCGAUCCUCGUAUUAACUGGAUCUGCAACGCUGUUCACAAGCACCGUGAGGCUCGUGGUCUUACCUCUAUUGGUAAGAAGUCUCGUGGUAUUGCCAAGGGACACCGUUUCAACAACACUCCCAAGCAUGCCACCUGGCUCCGUCACAACACCUUGUCUCUUCGCAGAUACCGUUAGAGGAGUAUUGGGUAUAUUUUGUAAUAUUCAAAAACUUUUGUUCAUUUCAGUCCCUUAAAAACACAUGACAUGCGUGAAGAAACGAAGUAGCAGUUGUUAGUAGAUGCAAAAAAUACAAGUAAAACCGUUUUUCCCUGUGA